GCCCCGGGAGAAACUGAGGCGGUUCAAUGCGCGGCCAGGACGAAGCCCGCUCAGUCUCCUCCUCCUCCGUCUGGGCGAGAGGCUGGGUCUCCCUCGCUCCCUCCCCGCCCAGGGAAGCCGCUUUCCUGCGAGAGAGAGAGAGAGCGCGGCUCGGCUCUCUAAUGCGCAGAUGCGCCGGCGGAGCCCCUCCUGCCCGCCGGAGGAGAGCGCUGCCCGAGACCGGAGAGCAGAGGAGGCCGGAGGCCGGCGGUCGUCGUCGUCGUCGCCUCAGCCGCCUCAGCAACCGCCUCAGCCGCCCAUGGCUCCCACAGCAGCGGCGGGCUGAGCAGAGAGCGACGCGGGAGGGAGCAGCCAGGGGGCCGGCGGGGAGUCUUGGCCGGCGAGGCGGCGGCGGCGGCGGCGCUUGGGCCCUCCUCCCGCAGCGGGGAUUGUGGCCGCGGGGGCUCCCGACUCCGGCUCUUUCUUCUCGCUCUCCCCCCCGUGGCGGUGUUAUGGCCCCUUGCUGGAGCGCAAAAGGGUCCCUUGCUUGGAGGUCAGCGCAGCUCCUGCUCCUCGUCGCCUCCUGCUGUGGAAACAGUGCUCUUGCAGAACGUUCUGAAAAUGUGCAUAUUUCAGGAAUCUCAACUGCUUGUGGAGAUAUCCCAGAACAAAUUAAAGGUCCAAGUGGGAUCAUCACUAGCCCAGGUUGGCCUCUUGAAUAUCCAGCAAGAUUGAAUUGUAGCUGGUAUAUCCGAGCAAACCCAGGUGAAAUUAUUACAAUAAGUUUUCAGGAUUUUGAUGUUCAAGGAUCACGGCGAUGCAGUUCAGAUUCCCUGACGAUAGGGGCAUACAAAAACAUGGAAAAUUAUAGAGUGUGUGGGUCUUCUAUUCCAUCUCCAUAUAUAUCUUCACAGGACCAUGUUUGGGUCAGAUUUCAUUCAGAUGAUAGUAUAUCACGAAAAGGAUUCAGACUGACUUAUUUUGCAGGGAAAUCCAGCGAACCAAGCUGCGACUGUAACCAAUUCCAUUGUGCUAAUGGGAAAUGUAUUCCAGAAUCUUGGAAAUGCAAUGACAUGGAUGAAUGUGGAGACAACUCAGAUGAAGAAAUCUGUGCCAAAGCUAGUCCCCCAACUGCUGCUUCCUUCCAGCCAUGUGCAUACAACCAGUUCCAGUGUCUGUCUCGUUUCAAUGUUUACACUUGCAUUCCAGAAUCCUCAAAAUGUGAUGGAAACCUUGACUGUCUUGACUUGGGAGAUGAAAUAGACUGUGGCGUGCCAACAUGUGGACAGUUGCUGAAAUAUUUUUAUGGUACUUUCAAUUCUCCCAAUUAUCCAGACUUUUAUCCUCCAGGGAGCAACUGCACAUGGCUGAUAGACACUGGGGACCACCGCAAAGUUAUUUUGCGUUUCACUGACUUUAAGCUUGAUGGUACCGGAUAUGGGGACUAUGUCAAAAUAUAUGACGGUUUAGAGGAGAAUCCACGCAAGCUAUUGCGUGUUUUAACUGCUUUUGACUCUCAUGCCCCUCUUACAGUUGUUUCUUCAUCCGGUCAAAUCAGAGUGCAUUUUUGCGCUGACAAAGUGAAUGCAGCAAGAGGAUUUAAUGCUACCUAUCAGGUUGAUGGCUUCUGUCUGCCAUGGGAAAUUCCAUGUGGUGGAAACUGGGGCUGUUACACAGAGCAGCAGCGCUGUGAUGGCUAUUGGCAUUGUCCAAACGGAAGAGAUGAAACAAACUGCACUAUGUGCCAAAAGGAAGAAUUUCCUUGCUCUCGUAAUGGUGCCUGCUAUCCACGCUCCGAUCGCUGCAACUACCAGAACCACUGCCCCAAUGGCUCGGAUGAAAAGAAUUGCUUCUUUUGCCAGCCAGGAAAUUUCCACUGCAAAAAUAAUCGGUGUGUGUUUGAAAGCUGGGUUUGCGAUUCCCAAGAUGAUUGUGGUGAUGGUAGUGAUGAAGAGAAUUGCCCAGUUAUUGUACCCACCAGAGUAAUAACUGCUGCUGUCAUUGGAAGUCUUAUUUGUGGGCUGCUCCUUGUCAUUGCACUGGGAUGCACUUGUAAGCUGUAUUCUUUGAGAAUGUUUGAACGAAGAUCUUUUGAGACACAGUUGUCUAGAGUCGAGGCUGAGUUGUUAAGAAGGGAAGCACCUCCUUCCUAUGGACAGUUGAUUGCUCAGGGCUUAAUUCCACCAGUUGAAGACUUCCCUGUUUGCUCACCAAAUCAGGCUUCUGUUUUAGAAAAUUUGAGGCUAGCAGUGAGGUCUCAGCUUGGAUUUACCUCUAUCAGGCUUCCAAUUGCGGGCCGGUCAAGCAAUAUUUGGAACCGAAUCUUUAAUUUUGCAAGAUCUCGCCAUUCUGGAUCCCUGGCACUGGUUUCCUCAGACGGAGAUGACAUUGCCAACCCGAAUGCUAGCAGAGAAGGUGAAAGAAACGGCUCUCACCGAAACCUCUUUUCAGUAGAGUCUGAUGAUACAGACACAGAAACGGAACGAAGAGACACAGCAGGUGCCGUUGGUGGCGUUGCUGCUACUUUGCCUCAGAAGGUCCCUCCUGCAACAGCCGUCGAAGCAGCUGUCGUCUGUGGAGCUUCCUCAGCUCAGAAUAUCAGCAGCAGUUCGGACGGUGGAAGAGAAGCAGCGAGUGUGGAACCCCCGAGUUCCAGUCCAGGGCGCCACCAGUUCUCCAGUGCACUUAGUCGUAUGACUCAAGGGUUACGUUGGGUACGCUUCACUUUAGGGAGGUCGAGUCCCGUCAGUCAGAACCAAAGUCCUUUGAGACAGCUUGAUAAUGGGGUGGGUGGAGGAAGAGACGAAGAUGAUGAUGUUGAAAUGCUCAUUCCCGCCUCUGAUGCGGCAUCAGACUUGGAUGCGAAUGACUGCUCAAGACCUCUUCUUGACCUCACCUCAGAACAAGGACAAGGGCUUAGGCAGCCUUACAGCGCGGCACAUAAUGGGAUGCGCUCCUGUAAUCGAGAUGGCCCUUGUGAGCGCUGUGGAAUUGUACAUACUGCCCAGAUACCUGACACUUGCUUAGAAUCAGCACUGAAAAACGAAACUAGUGAUGAUGAGGCUUUGCUACUUUGCUAAGUCUAGUUUGAGUGGGUGGAAAUGUAUGUAAGUUGGAGCAAUAUUGGUGAUUGUUUUGUACUUCAUAAUUAAGGAAAAAAGCAGUUGUUGUUUUUUCAUUUCAAAAAAGAAUCCAGGGCAAAUCAUGGGACUUAAAAUGUUCUUGUGCAUGACUGAAUGAAUAUUUGUCAUACGGGCAACUAAAACAAAUGUUUUCCCAGGUCAGUAUACGUGAUGUACACCUGUUGCUAUUUGGUUAUUUAAUGGUCAUCUUCCGAGGGCUUUUCAAAGAAACUCCUUUUUCUAUUAUUAGUAUUCUUAAAGCAAGUGCAAGGAAGUGACUGCAGACAGAAUAUCUUUGUAAUUUGUGAAACACACUAGCAACAGAUGAGCUUUGUGGAACCUCUCAACAUGUUCAGGCUUGUCUGAACAUUUACGUUUAAAGUGUUGCAGAGGUUUGCAUCUGUAGCCAGUCCCUUACCCAGACUUUAAAGAUUAAUGCAGAAUGAGGUAAUAUGAGAAGCCCUCUUGUGUCAGAUAGUUUAAACAUGAUGGUGUAAUUUAGAACAGAAACUUAGCUGCUCAACCACUGAUGUCUGCCUGCCACUCACUGCAGGUUGUCAGGCUAGUUUGUACAAAAUAUUUAUUCCUUUUUGAAAUCAAAACCAACGUACUUUUGCCAAUAUAAUUUUAACUGAAUAUACUAAAUGCUGAUUAUUGCAAAAAGUAUUCUUUUUCUCUCUUGUGGUUUAUAAUAUAUUUGUCUAAUUACUGAUUGUCAUCAUGCUGAACUUUUUCAGAAGGAAGAGAGACUUUCUCCAAUACACUAUAUAUUUUUUUCUUUUAGAAAUUCAAACAGCAGUUAACUUAGAUAAAACUGAUGGCAAAAAAAUCUUUUGUAGCUUUUAUAACAUUGACUUUAAUAAGUUGGUCUAGUAUGGUACAACCAAAUAAGGUGUAAAAAUUCAGAGUAAUUUUUCAUCUAUCUUUGAAGAUAGAUAUCCGAAGCAGUUAAAAUAUGCAUUUAAUUCUUGUAUAUAAUGUGUUUUUUAAAGCUGAGAUAGGUACCUAUAACUCUAGAAAAUAUGUUCCAACUGCUAAUGGAUCUUCUCCCUAAUAGGGUUUAAAUUUGUCUGGUCUAAAGGGAUUUGCACUAAAACUAUGUUAAGGUCUCUAAAGAGCUUAGUGCACAAGCACUAUCACUUUAAGUACUAGUCUCUAAUACUGCAAUGAAAUAUAUAUAAAUAUCUAAAAAAAAUAUUUCCAUUGCUCUGUUUUUGGGUUCUUGCUUUCUUCUGUUGUUUGUUGCUGCAACUGAAUUUGCUUUACUAAUUUCCUAUUUAUUCAUUGUAUUUAAAAAGCUGGUUUACCUGGCAUCAGUUUGCGCUUUUUUUAAAAAAGAAAAAGAAAUAUUCAGUAUAUUUCAAGGUUUUUAUUUUUGUUACAUCACAUUUUGGCUGCAAAACACACUAGUGGGGAGAAAACAUUCAUAGUUUCCAGUUUUGUGACCAGAAAGUGGUUGUUGUUGCUACUAAAUGAUAUCAAGAAAUCCAUCUUUUGAGAAGGUAAAGAUUGUCAAUUGCUGUUAUAUUUAUUCUUUGCCAGUCUAAGUAGGCUUAAUGAUUUAGUAUGAAAAAUGUAUUUGUGUGUGACUGUAUGCUAUUUAUUAAAUUUUCCAUACAUUGCUGAAUGUCAUUUUUAAAGCAUGUUUAAAGUCUUGUGGAUUUCUUGUUGUGUUAUGCUGUCAGAAAAAAACUGGCAAUGUUUUAAGAUGUAUCAAAUUAAAAAAUCUUACUAUG